GGAGCAAGCACCCAGCCAGGCUCCCUCCCUGCCCGUCUGCGCCCCCACCCCCGUUCCAGCCCCGGGAUCGGUGCCCGGAACAUGUGCUGGGUGCUGGUGUGGGUCCUGGUGGCCCUGCUCGUGAGGCAGGCAGAAACCCAGAGCCCUGCGGAGCCGAGUGGGGGGAGCGCAGGGUACAGCACAGACGGUGGCUCCGUGACGUCUGUGUCCGCCCGGCGUGUGAGCUUUGUUUCACCUGUCACCGUCUUCCCCAGCCUGAGCGCCCUGAACCCGGCGCACAACGGGCGUGUGUGCAGCACAUGGGGUGACUUCCACUACAAGACUUUCGAUGGAGACGUCUUCCGCUUCCCCGGCCUCUGCAACUACGUGUUCUCCGAGCACUGCGGCGCCGCCUACGAGGACUUCAACGUGCAGCUGCGCCGAGGCCUGGCGGGCUCCAGGCCUGUGGUCACCCAUGUUGUCAUCAAGGCCCAGGGGCUGGUGCUGGAGGUGUCCAACGGCUCCAUCCUGGUCAACGGGCAGCGGGAGGAGCUGCCCUACAGCCUCACUGGCCUCCUGGUGGAGCAGAGCGGGGACUACAUCAAGGUCAGCAUCCGGCUAGUCCUGACCUUCCAGUGGAACGGACAGGACAGCGCCCUGCUGGAGCUGGACCCCAAAUACGCCAACCAGACCUGUGGCCUGUGCGGGGACUUCAACGGCCUCCCAGCCUUCAACGAGUUCUAUGCCCACAACACCAGGCUGAGCCCUUUCCAGUUUGGGAACCUGCAGAAGCUGGACGGGCCCACAGAGCAGUGCCCAGAUCCGCUGCCCUUGCCAGCCGACAAUUGUACAGAUGAGGAGGGCAUCUGCCACCGCACGCUGCUGGGGUCGGCCUUUGCGGAGUGCCAGGCGCUGGUGGACAGCGCCGAGUACCUGGCCGCCUGCACCCGGGACCUGUGCCACUGCCCCACCUGCCCGUGCGCCACCUUUGCGGAAUACUCGCGCCAGUGCGCCCACGCGGGCGGCCAGCCACAGAACUGGAGGCGCCCCGACCUCUGCCCCCGGACCUGCCCCCUCAACAUGCAGCACCAAGAGUGCGGCUCGCCCUGUGCAGACACCUGCUCCAACCCCCAACGUGCGCAGCUCUGCGAGGAGCACUGCGUGGACGGUUGCUUCUGUCCCCCAGGCACGGUGCUAGAUGAUGUCACACACUCUGGCUGCCUGCCCCUCGGGCAGUGCCCCUGCACCCAUGGUGGCCGCACCUACAGCCCGGGCGCCUCCUUCAACACCACCUGCAGCUCCUGCACCUGCUCCGGGGGGCUGUGGCAGUGCCAGGAUCUGCCAUGUCCGGGCACCUGCUCUGUGCAGGGUGGGGCCCACAUCUCCACCUAUGACGAGAAACUCUACGAUCUCCACGGUGACUGCAGCUAUGUCCUGUCCAAGCAAUGUACGGACAGCAGCUUCACGGUGCUGGCCGAGCUGCGGAAAUGCGGCCUCACGGACAACGAGAACUGUCUCAAAGCAGUGACGCUCAACCUGGACGGCGGGGACACGGCCAUCCGGGUCCAGGCGGACGGCUCGGUGUUCAUGAACUCCAUCUACACGCAGCUGCCCCUGUCGGCAGCCAACAUCACCCUGUUCAGGCCCUCGAGCUUCUUCGUCGUGGUACAGACAGGCCUGGGGCUGCAGCUGCUGGUGCAGCUGGUGCCUCUCAUGCAGGUGUUUGUCAGGCUGGACCCCGCCCACCAGGGCCAGAUGUGCGGCCUGUGUGGGAACUUCAACCAGAACCAGGCUGACGACUUCACGGCCCUCAGCGGGGUGGUGGAAGCCACGGGCGCAGCCUUCGCCAACACCUGGAAGGCCCAGGCCGUCUGUGCCAAUGCCAGGAACAGCUUCGAGGACCCCUGCUCCCUCAGUGUGGAGAAUGAGAACUACGCCCGGCACUGGUGCUCACGGCUGAUGGACCCCACCGGCGCCUUCUCGCCCUGCCACUCUGUCAUCAACCCAAAACCCUUCCACUCGAACUGCAUGUUUGACACCUGCAACUGUGAGCGCAGUGAGGACUGCCUGUGUGCCGCCCUGUCCUCCUACGUGCUCGCCUGCACCGCCAAGGGCGUGCGGCUCAGCGACUGGAGGGACGGCGUCUGCACCAAGUACAUGCAGAGCUGCCCUGAGUCCCAGCGCUACGCCUACGUGGUGGACGCCUGCCAGCCCACCUGCCGGGGCCUGAGUGAGGCCGACGUCACCUGUGGCAUCGCCUUCGUGCCCGUGGACGGCUGCGCCUGCCCCGCCGGCACCUUCCUCAAUGACGCGGGUGCCUGUGUGGCUGCCCGAGAGUGCCCCUGCUACGUUCACGGCACCGUGCUGGCCCCGGGAGAGGUCGUGCAUGACGAGGGCGCCGUGUGUUCCUGUUCGGGUGGGAAGCUGAGCUGCCUGGGAGCCUCCCUGCAGAAAAGCACAGGUUGUGUGGCCCCCAUGGUGUACCUGGACUGCAGCAACAGCUCGGCGGGCAGCCCUGGGGCUGAGUGUGUCCGGAGCUGCCACACGCUGGACGUGGGCUGUUUCAGCACACACUGCGUAUCUGGCUGUGUCUGUCCCCCGGGGCUGGUGUCGGACGGGAGUGGGGGCUGCAUCGCCAAGGAGGACUGUCCCUGCGUGCACAACGAGGCCACCUACAAGCCUGGGGAGACCAUCAGGGUCGACUGCAACACCUGCACCUGCAGGAACCGGAGGUGGGAGUGCAGCCACCGGCUCUGCCUGGGCACCUGCGUGGCCUACGGUGAUGGCCACUUCAUCACCUUCGACGGCGAGCGCUACAGCUUCGAAGGCAGCUGCGAGUACACCCUGGCGCAGGACUACUGCGGGGGCAACGCCAGCCACGGGACCUUCCGUGUCAUCACGGAGAACAUCCCCUGUGGGACCACCGGCACCACCUGCUCCAAGGCCAUCAAGCUCUUCGUGGAGACCUACGAGCUGAUCCUCCAGGAGGGAACCUUUAAGGUGGUGGCCAGAGGGCCGGGCGGGGACCCACCCUACAGGAUCCGCUACAUGGGCAUCUUCCUGGUCAUCGAGACCCGCGGGAUGGCUGUGUCCUGGGACCGGAAGACCAGCAUAUUCAUCCGGCUGCACCAGGACUACAAGGGCAGGGUCUGCGGCCUGUGCGGGAACUUCGACGGAAACGCCAUCAACGACUUCACCACGAGGAGCCGGUCCGUGGUGGGGGACGCGCUGGAGUUUGGGAACAGCUGGAAGCUCUCCCCAUCCUGCCCGGACGCCCUGCUGCCCAAGGACCCCUGCACGGCCAACCCCUUCCGCAAGUCCUGGGCCCAGAAGCAGUGCAGCAUCCUCCACGGCCCCACCUUCGCCGCAUGCCGCUCCCAGGUUGACUCCACCAAGUACUACGAGGCCUGUGUGAGUGACGCGUGUGCCUGCGAUUCGGGGGGCGACUGUGAGUGCUUCUGCACAGCUGUGGCUGCCUAUGCCCAGGCCUGCCACGAUGCCGGCCUGUGUGUGUCCUGGCGGACUCCGGACACCUGUCCCUUAUUCUGUGACUUCUACAACCCACACGGGGGCUGUGAGUGGCACUACCAGCCCUGUGGGGCUCCAUGCCUGAAAACCUGCCGGAACCCCAGCGGGCACUGCCUGGUGGACCUGCCCGGCCUGGAAGGCUGCUACCCGAAGUGCCCCCCCAGCCAGCCCUUCUUCAACGAGGACCAGAUGAAGUGUGUGGCCCAGUGUGGCUGCUACGACGAGGACGGAAACUACUAUGAUGUGGGGGCCAGGGUCCCCACAGCAGAGAACUGCCAGAGCUGUAACUGCACGCCCAGUGGCAUCCAGUGUGCCCACAGCCUUGAGGCCUGCACCUGCACCUAUGAGGACAGGACCUAUGGCUACCAGGACAUCAUCUACAACACAACCGAUGGACUUGGCGCCUGCCUGAUUGCCAUCUGUGGAAGCAACGGCACCAUUGUCAGGAGAGCGGUGGCAUGCCCGGGAACCCCGGCCACAACGCCGUUCACCUUCACCACUGCCUUGGUCCCUGGCUCCACAACGAGUCCGGCCCUCCCGCUCCCCACCGUGUGUGUCCGGGAGGUCUGCCGCUGGUCUGACUGGUACAAUGGGCACCACCCAGAGCCUGGACUGGGAGGUGGAGACUUCGAGAACUUUGAAAACCUGAGGCAGAGGGGGUUCCAGGUAUGCCCUGAGCCGGCAGACAUCGAGUGCCGGGCUGAGCAGCUUCCCGACAUGCCACUGGAGAAGCUGGGCCAGCAGGUGGACUGUGACCUCACGCGGGGGCUGCUGUGUGCCAACAGCCAGCAAAGCCCCCCGCUCUGCCAUGACUAUGAGCUGCGGGUUCUCUGCUGUGAAUACGUGCCCUGUGGCACCUCCCCGGCCCCGGGCACCAGCAUCCAGCCCUCCCUCAGUGCCAGCACAGAGCCUGCCGUGCCCACCCUCACCCAGACCACAGCAACUGAACACACCACCCUGUGGGUGACCCCGAGCGCCAGGUCGACGGUCACCAGCCCAGUCAGCAGCCCGCCGGUCCCAGCCACCACUGCCUGCCAGCCCCGCUGUCAGUGGACUGAGUGGUUUGAUGAGGACUACCCCAAGUCUGAGGAGUUGGGGGGGGAUGUUGAGUCCUACGAUAAGAUCAGGGCCGCGGGAGGGCACCUAUGCAAGCAGCCGGAGGACAUCGAGUGCCAGGCCGAGAGCUUCCCCAACUGGACCCUGGCGCAGGUAGGGCAGAAGGUGCACUGUGACGUCCGCUUUGGCCUGGUGUGCAGGAACUGGGAGCAGGAGGGCGUGUUCAAGAUGUGCUACAACUACAGAAUCCGGGUCCUGUGCUGCAGCACUGACCACUGCAGGGGACGCUCCACAACCCCGCCACCCGCCACGGAGCCACAGACGGCCACCACCACCACCAGUACCCUGAUCUCAACGCUGCCACCUAUAAGUAGCCCAGGGGUGACCAGGGCUCCCCCGCCCACCACCACAGCAGUCCCCACCCUUUCAGUACAGACAUCCCCUAGAUACACGGGCACCCUUGUUACAACCACCACGGGAGGCCCCACGGCUCCUUCAGGUUCCACAGAAUCCACGGUCCCACAGGUGGCCACAUCUACCUUUCCAACUCACUCAACCCUGCCAGGGACCACGAGGAGCUCAGGCACACGGGGCCCCUCGAAGGCCCCCAUGCCGGCCCCAACGACAAUGGCAACGUCCGGAGCUCGCCCGACAGGCACAGCCAGCACCGUCUCCAAAGAGCCGCUGCCCAUUACCCCGGUGCCAACACUCACGAGCCAUCGUUCCACCACUCAGGCUGAGACCAGCACACCCAGGCCAGAGACAACCACUCAGGGCCCCUUCCCUGAGGCCACCACCGGCCAGGGCACGACCCGAUGUCAGCCGAAGUGUGAGUGGACAGAGUGGUUUGAUGUGGACUUCCCAACCUCGGGGGUCACAGGUGGGGACAUGGAAACCUUUGAAAACAUCAGGACUGCUGGGGGCAAGAUGUGCUGGGCACCAGAGCGCAUAGAGUGCCGGGCAGAGAACUACCCCGAGGUGAGCAUUGACCAGAUCGGGCAGGUGCUGACCUGCAGCUUGGAGACAGGGUUGAUCUGCAGGAACGAGGACCAGUCAGGCAGGUUCAACAUGUGCUUCAACUACAAUGUGCGUGUGCUCUGCUGUGAUGACUACAGCCACUGCCCCAGCACGGCCGCCCCAACACCCACCUCCUCCACACAGGCACCCAAACCCACCUCCACAGGGGUCGCCAUGGGGGCCACCACCUCCACGGCCACUGUCUCCACAGCCACUGCUGCUACAGGGGCCACCACCUCCACGGCCACUGUCUCCACAGCCACUGCUGCCACAGGGACCACCCCCACAGCCACUGUCUCCACAGCCACUGCUGCCACAGGGGCCACCACCCCCACGGCCACUGUCUCCACAGCCACUGCUGCCACAGGGGCCACCACCCCCACGGCCACUGUCUCCACAGCCACUACCGCCACAGGGGCCACAACCCCCACAGCCACGGCCUCCACAGCCACUGCUGUCACAGGGGCCAUCACCCCCACAGCUACUGCUCCCACAGUCACUGCUGCCACAGGGGCUACCACCCCCACAGCCACUGCCACCUGGAGCACCAGGUCACCAGCAGUAACAAGACCCUCAACUCCAGCCACCACUAAAAUUGGCCCCAACUCCUCAAAGACCACAGAGAGGGUGUCCCUCCCCAGUCCCUCUGCCCCUCCAGCUUCCAUGACCACCCUCCUCCCUACCAGGAGGCAGCAAACCUCCCAGGCUCUGACCACACCUACCAGUCCAGCUGUGACCAGCAAAUCCACAACGUCCCCCAUGGUGACCACCCCUGUGCACACAACCCUGAGGACUACCAGCUCUGGGCACACCAUAAGGACCACUCUGCCCUCCAGUUCCCCAUCUCCCAGUACGGGCUGUGUGCCUCACUGCACCUGGACAGACUGGUUGGAUGAGGAUUAUCCUAGCCCUGGCCCUGACGGUGGGGACUUCGAGACCUACUCCAACAUCCGCGCAGCCGGGGGAGCCGUCUGUGAGCAGCCGCUGCACCUCCAGUGCCGAGCCCAGGCCCAGCCUGAUGUUCCCCUGCAGGAGCUGGGCCAGGUCAUAGAAUGCAGCCUGGACUUCGGCCUGGUCUGCAGGAACCGUGAGCAGGUGGGCAAGUUCAAGAUGUGUUUCAACUAUGAAAUCCGAGUGUUCUGCUGCAACUACAGCCAUUGCACCAGUACCACGGCCACCAGCUCCAUGGCCACACCCUCCUCCACUCUACCCUCUACCGUGGUCACCAAGAGUUCAGCCACCAGCUCUGUGGCCAAGGCCUCCUCCACUCCGCGGACCACCUGGAUCCUUACAGAGCCAACCACUACAGCCACCGUGACCGUGUCCACAGGCUCCACUGCCAUCCCCUCCUCCACCACAGGGACUGCUCAGACUCCCAUAACGCUGACCAUGACAGCCACCACAACUGUGGCCACUGGAUCCACAGCCACCCCCUCCUCCAGCCCAGGGACCACAGCCACAACUGUGGCCACUGGCUCCAUGGCCACACUAACCUCCACCCCAUUUCCUACUAGUGUCACCACGACGGCAGCCACUGGCUCCACAGCAACCCCCUCAUCCAGCCCAGAAACCACAGGCACCAUUCCAGCACUUACCACCAUAGCCACUACUGUGAGCACUGGCUCCAUGGCCACACCAUCCUCCACCCCAUUUCCUACUAGUGUCACCACGACGGCAGCCACUGGCUCCACAGCAACCCUCUCCUCCAGUCCAGGGACUGCAUCCACCCUUCCAGGGCUGAUCACCACCACCACACCCACGACCACUGGCUCCACAGUGACACCCUCCUCCAUCCCAGGGACCACCCAACCCCCUGGAGUGCUGACCAACACCACCACUACUGUGGCUACUGGCUCCAGGACAACACCCUCCACAACCGCACGGACUGCUAGUCCCCCGACAGCACUGACCACCACACCCACCAUGCUCCCGGCCACUGGCUCCAUCAUCACCCCCUCCUCCACUCCAGGGACAACUCCCAUCCCUGGAGGGCUGACCACCACGGCCACCACACCUGCAGCCAGCAGCACCCCAGCAACUCCCACUUCUGCCCCAGGGACCCCUGGCACAUCCUUAGUGCUGACCACCACGGCCACCACAUAUGGGCAAUCUCUGCCCCCCGGCAGUCCCAGCACGGUUCCUACUGCCUGGACUUCCAUGGGCACCUCGGGGACCACCCACAUCACAGGGCCCUCCACGGUAACUUCCCACACCUCAGCCGGACCCACUGGCACCGCCACGCAUUCCACUCCCACUGUGUCCAGUCCUCACCCUCACGGCAGGACCACAGAGCCACCCCCUUCUCCGGGGAAGACCACCCCGGGCCUCACCACGGCCACCUCCAGGACCACGGCCACAUCCAGAGAGACCCGGACCUCGACCCUGCUGCCUGGCAGCCCCACAUCGGCCCCCACAACCUCGGUGGUGUCCACGGGCUGUGAGCCUCAGUGCGCCUGGUCGGAGUGGCUGGACUACAGCUACCCCGUGUCGGGGCUGUCCGGUGGGGACUUCGAGACCUACUCCAACAUCCGCGCAGCCGGGGGAGCCGUCUGUGAGCAGCCGCUGCACCUCCAGUGCCGAGCCCAGGCCCAGCCUGAUGUUCCCCUGCAGGAGCUGGGCCAGGUCAUAGAAUGCAGCCUGGACUUCGGCCUGGUCUGCAGGAACCGUGAGCAGGUGGGCAAGUUCAAGAUGUGUUUCAACUAUGAAAUCCGAGUGUUCUGCUGCAACUACAGCCAUUGCCCCAGCACCACGGCCACCAGCUCCACGGCCACACCCUCCUCCACUCUACCCUCUACCGUGGUCACCAAGACUUCAGCCACCAGCUCCGUGGCAAAGGCCUCCUCCACUCCACGGACCACCUGGAUCCUUACAAAGCCAACCGCUACAGCCACUGUGACCCUGUCCACAGGCUCCACAGCCACCCCCUCCUCCACCACAGGGACUGUUCAGACUCCCGUAGCGCUGACCACGACAGCCACCACAACUGUGGCCACUGGAUCCACAACUGUGGCCACUGGAUCCACAGCCACCCCCUCCUCCAGCCCAGGGACCACAGCCACUACUGUGGCCACUGGCUCCAUGGCCACACCAACCUCCACCCCAUUUCCUACUAGUGUCACCACGACGGCAGCCACUGGCUCCACAGCAACCCUCUCCUCCAGUCCAGGGACUGCAUCCACCCUUCCAGGGCUGAUCACCACCACCACACCAGUGACCACUGGCUCCACAGUGACACCCUCCUCCAUCCGAGGGACCACUCAAACCCCUGGAGUGCUGACCAACACCACCACUACUGUGGCCACUGGCUCCAGGACAACAUCCUCCACAACCCCACAGACUGCUGGUCCUUCCCCAGCACUGACCACGACGCCCACCAUGCUCCCGGCCACUGGCUCCAUCAUCACCCCCUCCUCCAUUCCAGGGACAACACCCAUCCCCCGAGUGCUGACCACCAUGACCACCACACCUGCAGCCAGCAGCACCCCAGCAACUCCCACUUCUGCCCCAGGGACCCCUGGCACAUCCUUAGUGCUGACCACCACAGCCACCACAUAUGGGCGAUCUCUGCCCCCCAGCAGUCCCAGCACGGUUCCUAUGACCUGGACUUCCAUGGGCACCUCGAGGACCACCCACAUCACAGAGCCCUCCACGGCAACUUCCCACACCUCAGCCGGACCCACUGGCACCGCCACGCACUCCACUCCCACUGUGUCCAGUCCUCACCCUCACGGCAGGACCACAGAGCCACCCCCUUCUCCGGGGAAGACCACCCCGGGCCUCACCACGGCCACCUCCAGGACCACGGCCACAUCCAGAGAGACCCGGACCUCGACCCUGCUGCCUGGCAGCCCCACAUCGGCCCCCACAACCUCGGUGGUGUCCACGGGCUGUGAGCCUCAGUGCGCCUGGUCGGAGUGGCUGGACUACAGCUACCCCGUGUCGGGGCUGUCCGGUGGGGACUUCGAGACCUACUCCAACAUCCGCGCAGCCGGGGGAGCCGUCUGUGAGCAGCCGCUGCACCUCCAGUGCCGAGCCCAGGCCCAGCCUGAUGUUCCCCUGCAGGAGCUGGGCCAGGUCAUAGAAUGCAGCCUGGACUUCGGCCUGGUCUGCAGGAACCGUGAGCAGGUGGGCAAGUUCAAGAUGUGUUUCAACUAUGAAAUCCGAGUGUUCUGCUGCAACUACAGCCAUUGCCCCAGCACCACGGCCACCAGCUCCACGGCCACACCCUCCUCCACUCUACACUCUACCGUGGUCACCAAGACUUCGGCCACCAGCUCCGUGGCCAAGGCCUCCUCCACUCCGCGGACCACCUGGAUCCUUACAGAGCCAACCGCUACAGCCACCCCCUCCUCCACCACAGGCACUGCUGAGACUCCCAUAGCGCUGACCACGACAGCCACCACAACUGUGGCCACUGGAUCCACAGCCACCCCCUCAUCCAGCCCAGGGACCACAGGCACCAUUCCAGCGCUUACCACCAUAGCCACUACUGUGACCACUGGCUCCAUGGCCACGCCAUCCUCCACCCCAUUUCCUACUAGUGUCACCACGAUGGCAGCCACUGGCUCCACAGCAACCCUCUCCUCCAGUCCAGGGACUGCAUCCACCCUUCCAGGGCUGAUCACCACCACCACACCCAUGACCACUGGCUCCACAGUGACACCCUCCUCCAUCCCAGGGACCACCCAACCCCCUGGAGUGCUGACCAACACCACAAGUACUGUGGCUACUGGCUCCAGGACAACAUCCUCCACAACCCCACAGACUGCUGGUCCUUCCCCAGCACUGACCACCACGCCCACCAUGCUCCCGGCCACUGGCUCCGUCAUCACCCCCUCCUCCACUCCAGGGACAACUCCCAUCCCCGGAGGGCUGACCACCACGGCCACCACACCUGCAGCCAGCAUCACCCCAGCAACUCCCACUUCUGCCCCAGGGACCCCUGGCACAUCCUUAGUGCUGACCACCACGGCCACCACAUAUGGGCGAUCACUGCCCCCCGGCAGUCCCAGCACGGUUCCUACUGCCUGGACUUCCAUGGGCACCUCGGGGACCACCCACAUCACAGGGCCCUCCACGGUAACUUCCCACACCUCAGCCGGACCCACUGGCACCGCCACGCACUCCACUCCCACUGUGUCCAGUCCUCACCCUCACGGCAGGACCACAGAGCCACCCCCUUCUCCGGGGAAGACCACCCCGGGCCUCACCACGGCCACCUCCAGGACCACGGCCACAUCCAGAGAGACCCGGACCUCGACCCUGCUGCCUGGCAGCCCCACAUCGGCCCCCACAACCUCGGUGGUGUCCACGGGCUGUGAGCCUCAGUGCGCCUGGUCGGAGUGGCUGGACUACAGCUACCCCGUGUCGGGGCUGUCCGGUGGGGACUUCGAGACCUACUCCAACAUCCGCGCAGCCGGGGGAGCCGUCUGUGAGCAGCCGCUGCACCUCCAGUGCCGAGCCCAGGCCCAGCCUGAUGUUCCCCUGCAGGAGCUGGGCCAGGUCAUAGAAUGCAGCCUGGAUUUCGGCCUGGUCUGCAGGAACCGUGAGCAGGUGGGCAAGUUCAAGAUGUGUUUCAACUAUGAAAUCCGAGUGUUCUGCUGUAACUACAGCCAUUGCCCCAGCACCACGGCCACCAGCUCCACGGCCACACCCUCCUCCACUCUAUCCUCUACCGUGGUCACCAAGACUUUGGCCACCAGCUCCGUGGCCAAGGCCUCCUCCACUCCACGGACCACCUGGAUCCUUACAAAGCCAACCACUACAGCCACCGUGACCGUGUCCACAGGCUCCACAGCCACCCCCUCCUCCAGCCCAGGGACCACAGCCACUACUGUGGCCACUGGCUCCAUGGCCACACCAUCCUCCACCCCAUUUCCUACUAGUGUCACCACGACGGCAGCCACUGGCUCCACAGCAACCCUCUCCUCCAGUCCAGGGACUGCAUCCACCCUUCCAGGGCUGAUCACUACCACCACACCCAUGACCACUGGCUCCACAGUGACACCGUCCUCCAUCCCAGGGACCACCCAACCCCCUGGAGUGCUGACCAACACAACAAGUACUGUGGCUACUGGCUCUAGGGCAACACCCUCCACAACCGCACAGACUGCUAGUCCCCCGACAGCACUGACCACCACGCCCACCAUGCUCCCGGCCACUGGCUCCAUCAUCACCCCCUCCUCCACUCCACGGACCACCUGGAUCCUUACAGAGCCAACCACUACAGCCACCGUGACCGUGUCCACAGGCUCCACAGCCACCCCGUCAUCCACCACAGGGACUGCUCAGCCCCCCAUAGUGCUGACCACCACAGCCACCACAACUGCGGCUACUGGAUCCACAGCCAUCCCUUCCUCCAGUCCAGGGACUGCAUCCACCCUUCCAGGGCUGAUCACCACCACCACACCCACGACCACUGGCUCCACAGUGACACCCUCCUCCAUCCCAGGGACCACCCAAACCCCUGGAUUGCUGACCAACACCACCGCUGCUGUGGCCACUAGCUCCAGGACAACACACUCCACAACCCCACAGACUACUAGUCCCCCAACAGCACUGACCACUGUGGCCACCACGCUCACAGCCACUGGUUCUAUCAUCACCCCCUCCUCCACACCAGGGACAACUCCCAUCUCCGGAGGGCUGACCACCACGGCCACCACACCUGCCGCCAGCAUCACCCCAGCAACUCCCACUGCUGCCCCGGGGACCACUGGCACAUCCUUAGUGCUGACCACCACAGCCACCACAUAUGGGCGAUCCCUGCCCCCCAGCAGUCCCAGCACGGUUCCUACUGCCUGGACUUCCAUGGGCACCUCGGGGACCACCCACAUCACAGGGCCCUCCACGGUAACUUCCCACACCUCAGCCAGACCCACUGGCACCGCCACGCACUCCACUCCCACUGUGUCCAGUCCUCACCCUCACGGCAGGACCACAGAGCCACCCCCUUCUCCGGGGAAGACCACCCCGGGCCUCACCACGGCCACCUCCAGGACCACGGCCACAUCCAGAGAGACCCGGACCUCGACCCUGCUGCCUGGCAGCCCCACAUCGGCCCCCACAACCUCGGUGGUGUCCACGGGCUGUGAGCCUCAGUGCGCCUGGUCGGAGUGGCUGGACUACAGCUACCCCGUGUCGGGGCUGUCCGAUGGGGACUUCGAGACCUACUCCAACAUCCGCGCAGCCGGGGGAGCCGUCUGUGAGCAGCCGCUGCACCUCCAGUGCCGAGCCCAGGCCCAGCCUGAUGUUCCCCUGCAGGAGCUGGGCCAGGUCAUAGAAUGCAGCCUGGACUUCGGCCUGGUCUGCAGGAACCGUGAGCAGGUGGGCAAGUUCAAGAUGUGUUUCAACUAUGAAAUCCGAGUGUUCUGCUGCAACUACAGCCAUUGCCCCAGCACCACGGCCACCAGCUCCACGGCCACACCCUCCUCCACUCUACCCUCUACCGUGGUCACCAAGACUUCGGCCACCAGCUCCAUGGCCAAGACCUCCUCCACUCCACGGACCACCUGGAUCCUUACAAAGCCAACCACUACAGCCACUGUGACCGUGUCCACAGGCUCCACAGCCACCCCCUCCUCCAGCCCAGGGACCACAGCCACUACUGUGGCCACUGGCUCCAUGGCCACACCAACCUCCACCCCAUUUCCUACUAGUGUCACCACGACGGCAGCCACUGGCUCCACAGCAACCCUCUCCUCCAGUCCAGGGACUGCAUCCACCCUUCCAGGGCUGAUCACCACCACCACACCAGUGACCACUGGCUCCACAGUGACACCCUCCUCCAUCCCAGCGACCACUCAAACCCCUGGAGUGCUGACCAACACCACCAGUACUGUGGCCACUGGCUCCAGGACAACAUCCUCCACAACCCCACAGACUGCUGGUCCUUCCCCAGCACUGACCACCACACCCACCAUGCUCCCGGCCACUGGCUCCAUCAUCACCCCCUCCUCCACACCAGGGACAACUCCCAUCUCCGGAGGGCUGACCACCACGGCCACCACACCUGCAGCCAGCAGCACCCCAGCAACUCCCACUUCUGCCCCAGGGACCCCUGGCACAUCCUUAGUGCUGACCACCACGGCCACCACAUAUGGGCGAUCCCUGCUCCCCGGCAGUCCCAGCACGGUUCCUACUGCCUGGACUUCCAUGGGCACCUCGGGGACCACCCACAUCACAGGGCCCUCCACGGUAACUUCCCACACCUCAGCCGGACCCACUGGCACCGCCACGCACUCCACUCCCACUGUAUCCAGGCCUCACCCUCACGGCAGGACCACUGAGCCACCCCCUUCUCCGGGGAAGACCACCCCAGGCCUCACCACGGCCACCUCCAGGACCACGGCCACAUCCAGAGAGACCCGGACCUCGACCCUGCUGCCUGGCAGCCCCACAUCGGCCCCCACAACCUCGGUGGUGUCCACGGGCUGUGAGCCUCAGUGCGCCUGGUCGGAGUGGCUGGACUACAGCUACCCCGUGUCGGGGCUGUCCGGUGGGGACUUCGAGACCUACUCCAACAUCCGCGCAGCCGGGGGAGCCGUCUGUGAGCAGCCGCUGCACCUCCAGUGCCGAGCCCAGGCCCAGCCUGAUGUUCCCCUGCAGGAGCUGGGCCAGGUCAUAGAAUGCAGCCUGGACUUCGGCCUGGUCUGCAGGAACCGUGAGCAGGUGGGCAAGUUCAAGAUGUGUUUCAACUAUGAAAUCCGAGUGUUCUGCUGCAACUACAGCCAUUGCCCCAGCACCACGGCCACCAGCUCCACGGCCACACCCUCCUCCACUCUACCCUCUACCGUGGUCACCAAGACUUCGGCCACCAGCUCUGUGGCCAAGGCCUCCUCCACUCCACGGACCACCUGGAUCCUUACAGAGCCAACCGCUACAGCCACUGUGAUCGUGUCCACAGGCUCCACUGCCACCCCCUCCUCCACCACAGGGACUUCUCAGCCCCUUAGAGUGCUGACCACGACAGCCACCACAACUGCAGCUACUGGAUCCACAGCCACCCCUUCGUCCACCCUGGGUACAGCUCAGACCCCCAUAGCACUGAUCACAACAGCCACCACAACUGUGGCCACUGGAUCCACAGCCACCCCUUCCUCCAGCCCAGGGACCACAGGCACCAUUCCAGCACUUACUACAACAGCCACUACUGUGGCCACUGGCUCCAUGGCCACGCGCUUCUUCACCCCAUUUCCUACUAGUGUCACCACGACAGCAGCCACUGGUCCCCCAGGCCCCCGCUCCUCCAGCCCAGGGACUGCACCCACCCUUCCAGUGCUGAACAUCUCCACCACACCCACAACCACUGGCUCCAUGGUGACCCCCUCCUCCAUCACAGGGACCACCCAAACCUCUGGAGUGCUGACCAACACCACCACAGCUGUUGCCACUGGCUCCUUGCCAACACCCUCCACCACCCCAUGGAGUGCUGGUCCUCCCCCAGCACUGACCACCGUGGCCACCACACUCACGGCCACUGGCUCCAUCAUCACCCCUUCCUCUACUCCAGGGACAACUCCCAUUUCCCAAAAGCUGACCACCACGACCACCACACCUGCAGCCAGCAGCACCCCAGCAACUCCCUCUUCUGUCCCAGGGACCACCCACACACCCCCAGUGCUGACCACCACAGCCACCACAGCUGCAGCCACCAGCUCCAUGACCACUCCCUCUUCCACUUUAGGGACCCCCCCGAUCCUCACAGAGCCAACCACUACAACCACCGUGAACAUAUCCACAGGCUCCACAACCACCCUGUCCUCUACUUUAGGGACUGUGGUAAUUCCUACCACAGCCACCACAGUGGCAGCCACUGGCUCUGCAGCCACCCCCUCCUCCACCCCAGGAACUGCUCAGACCCCCAGUGUGUUUCCCACCACAACCACUACUACUACAGCCACUGGUGCCAUAGCAACGCCCUCCUCCAGACCAGGGACUGGAGGCACGACAGCGGCCACCAGCUCCACGGCCACACCCUCCUCCAUCACAGGGACCACCUGGAUCCUCACAGAGCCAACCACUACAGUCACCAUUAUUUCUUCCAUGGGCUCCACAACCACCUUGUCCUCCACUUCAGGGAAUGUGGUAAUUCCUACCACAGCCACCACGACUGCGGCCACUGGCUCCAAAACCACUCUCUCCUCCAGCCCAGAGACUACACGCACCGUUUCAGUGCUGACCACCACAGCCACCACGAACAUGGCCACCAGAUCCACGGCUACCCCCUCCUCCACUGCGGGGACAGCUCACAUCCCCAAGGUGCUGACCACCACAGCCACCGUGCCCACAGCCACUGGCUCCACAGUGCCCAGCUCAUCUGCCCUCAGGACCAUCCGAACCCCCACAGUGCUCCCCAGCAGCUUGCCCACCUUCAGCAUGACCACUGCGUCCACCUCAGUCCUCACCACCCUCAUGCCCACUGGCUUCCCCAGCACCUCCUUCUCGACUCCGUGCUUCUGUAGGGCAUUUGGACAGCUCUUCUCACCUGGGGAGGUCAUCUACAAUAAGACCGACCGAGCUGGCUGCCAGUUCUAUGCCGUGUGCAACCAACACUGUGACAUUGACCGCUUCCAGGGCCCCUGCCCCACCUCCCCGCCACCAGUGCCCUCCACCCCACCAUCCCCGCCCUCCCCUGCCCCUGGCUGUGACAAUGCUGUCCCUCCUCGGCAGGUCAAUGAGUCCUGGACCCUGGAGAACUGCACUGUGGCGCAGUGCGUGGGUGACAACCGUGUCGUCCUGCUGGAGCCAAAGCCCGUGGCCAACGUCACCUGUGUGAACAAGCACCUGCCCAUCAAAGUGUCGGAGCCAAGCCAGCCCUGCACCUUCCACUACGAGUGCGAGUGCGUCUGCAGCGUGUGGGGGGGCUCCCACUACUCCACGUUUGACGGCACCACGUACUCCUUCCGGGGCAACUGCACCUACAUCCUCAUGAGAGAGAUCCACGCGCGCCUUGGGAAUCUCAGCCUCUACCUGGACAACCAGUACUGCGCGGCCUCCGCCGCCGCCAGCUGCCCCCGUGCCCUCGGCAUCCAUUACAAGUCCAUGGAGAUCGUCCUCACUGUCAUCACGGUGCAGGGGAAGGAGGAGGGCCUGAUCUUGUUUGACCAAAUUCGGGUGAGCAGUGGCUUCAGCAAGGACGGCGUGCUUGUGUCUAUGAUGGGGGCUGCCAUGCGCGUGGACAUUCCUGCCCUGGGUGUGAGCGUCACGUUCGACGGGCACGUGUUCCAGGCCCGGCUGCCCUACAGUCUCUUCCACAACAACACCGAGGGCCAGUGCGGCACCUGCACGAACAGCCAGAGGGACGAUUGCCGCAGUCGGGAUGGAACCACGGCCACCAGCUGCAAGGACAUGGCCAAGACGUGGCUGGUCCCCGACAGCAGAAAGGACGGCUGCUGGGCCCCAACUGGCACGCCCCCCACUGCCGGCCCCACGGCCCCAACGUCUGGCGCACCCACCCCCAGCCAGUGCCCACCUCAGCCGCUCUGUGAUCUGAUGCUGAGCCAGGUCUUUGCCGAGUGCCAUGACCUGGUGCCCCCCGGCCCAUUCUUCAACGCCUGCAUCAGCGACGGCUGCUGGGGCCACCCCAAGGUGUCCUGCCAGAGCCUGGAGGCCUACGCAGAGCUCUGCCGCGCACGGGGAGUGUGCAGUGACUGGCGGGGUGCCACUGGCGGCCUGUGCGAUCUCACCUGCCCGCCCACCAAAGUGUACAAGCCAUGUGGCCCCAUACAGCCUCCCUCCUGCAACUCCAGGAACCAGAGCCCACAGCUGGAGGGGCUGGCGGAGGGCUGCUUCUGCCCCAAAGACCAGAUCCUCUUCAAUGAACACACGGGCAUCUGCGUGCAGGCUUGCCCCUGCGUGGGACCGGAUGGCUUUCCCAAAUCUCCUGGGGAGCGGUGGGUCAGCAACUGCCAGGCCUGCGUGUGUGACGAGGGCUCAGUGUCAGUGCAGUGCCAGCCCGUGCCCUGUGAGGCCCAGGGCCAGCCCCCCACAUGCAGCCGCCCUGGCUUCCAGACUGUGACCAGGCCCCGGGCCAACGACCCCUGCUGCCCUGAGACGCUGUGCGUGUGCAACACCAGCGCCUGUCCCCAGAGCCCGCCCGUGUGCCCGCCAGGCCAGGAGCUCGACCGCACCCAGGAGGAGGGCGACUGCUGUCCUACCUUCCGCUGCAGACCUCAGCUGUGUACUUACAAUGGCACCUUCUAUGGGGUUGGUACAACCUUCCCAGGGGCCAUUCCCUGCCACACGUGCACCUGCCUCUCUGGGGACACCCAGGAUCCAAUUGUGCAGUGUCAGGAGGAUGCCUGUAAUAAUGCCACCUGCCCCCAGGGCUUUGAGUACAAGAGCGUGGCCGGACAGUGCUGCAGGGAGUGCGUGCAGACAGCCUGCCUCACGCCCGACGGCCGGCCAGUCCCGCUGAACGAAACCUGGGUCAACAGCCCCGUGGACAACUGCACCGUGUACCGCUGUGAGGUUGAGAGCGGACUCCAUUUGCUGACCCCACAGCCUGUAUCCUGCCCAGAUGUGUCCAGCUGCAGGGGGAGCCUCAGAAAAACCGGCUGCUGCUACUCCUGUGAGGAAGAGGAUUCCUGUCAAGUCCGCGUCAACACAACCGUCCUGCGUCACCAGGGCUGCGAGACCCAGGCUGCGGUCAACAUCACCUUCUGUGAGGGCUCCUGCCCCGGAGUGUCCAAGUACUCAGCAGAGGCCCAGGCCAUGCGGCACCAGUGCACCUGCUGCCAGGAGAAGCAGUUCCACGAGGAGACCGUGCCCUUGCGCUGUCCCGAUGGCUCAGCCGUCCUGCACACAUACAUCCACGUGGAUGAGUGUGGCUGCAUGCCCUUCUGUGUCCCCGAGCCCGUGGCUCCCACACACACACCUGGCUUCCCGCUCUAGGAGGCCACUGUCUGACGGUGUUCUGCCUCCGACCCCACGCCCUGUCCACCUGGAGCCAGAACGCACAUUGCCAGACCAUGACCACCUUGGGCCUGCUCCAUGGAACCCCCGGGCCUCUGUGUGGCACCCCGUGCCUCCAUGCUCCUGCUGCCCACCCCGGGGGUAGAACCGACGCCCGGAAGGGUGAGGAGCCAGCAGGAUGCCUUUCAGGAAAGCGUCACUCAGGAGUUCUGCCCUGGUAGAGCCUGUGGCCCAUCUUGGCCUUGCCCCACCCUGAGGUCACUGGAGCAGACUAAGCAUGUGCAGGCCUGUGUGUUCCCGCCACGCCCAGAGCCAUGGCCAGAGCCCCCGGGCAGCACGGAUCCCAGCUGGCCGUGUCCUGCCGCUGGGUCCAGGCAAGGCUGGCUGCUGCUGGGAAGCCGCACCAGGCAAUGCGUCCGCCCAUCCGUGCCUACUGCAGGGUACCUCGGGGCUGAGGCCACAGUGGCCACAUCAGAAGGGUCAGCAUCCCAAAGCCCGUCUGCUCAGCUCAGCCCAGUUCUGCAAAUAAACCCUGAGCAUCGCCUACA